AUGUCGAGCUUUGGUGAGAACGACAAAGUAACUAUGCCACAGCUAUCAACUGAUGAAGUAGAACAUGUCCUUGUCACCCAUGAUGAGUCGACUUUCUAUUCAAAUGAUAGAAAAGAAGCUAUGUGGCUAGUGGAAGUACAAUGUCUAAUGCAAUUGGAGAGUAAUGCAAUUUCUCUAUUCGAAGUAAUUCACCCUGGAUAUAAGAAAUGGAAAUUGGACUGCAAAAACAAUGCUUCUGAAGAUAGCAAGUACUGUGCACAUCAUUUUCUGGCUUCUCGGCCAGAUUUUAUGUCACAGAAAACUGCACUUGAUGAGGCCAUUGAAGUAUCUGGCCACAUCUUUGAGUUAUACCCUAAGUUCCAUUGCGAAUGCAAUUGGAUUGAGAGGUAUUGGGGCACUACCAAAUGCGAAGCUCAGCUUCUAUGUGAUUAUACAUAUAAGUCCCUGGAUAAAAAUAUCCAUUCUUUCUUUGAUCACACUGGAAAGCUUCAAAUCAUCUGA